AUGUCGACGGUCAAGAUCUAUCCGCCUAAGAGGGGCUCACCGGCCUCGGACAACCCAUUACCGCAAACUAUCAAGACACCGUCCGGACUGGCGUUGCUUGAGAUGCAAGGCAUCAUCAACUUGCCGCCUUUCAAUCCCGACGACAAUGACAACGGCGACAAGCCCGAGCCGGAGGUGCCGAUCGGCAGGAUCAUCUUUCCAGACUACCACCCGGAGACCCAAGAGGAGGGCAGCACGGCCUGGAUGAAGCGGGUGUUCCUCUACGUGGGCCAGCACCAGAGGCUCAGCGGUGAGGUCAAGAAGCUGCCGAAGGCGAUGGCCAUCAUCCGGCGGAAGGGCGAGGCGAGGACGAACGCCGACGGGGAAGAGGAGGAGGAGCUGGAGGUCGCUGAGAUUGUCAAGUACAAGAUCAUGUUUGGGCAGCGGCCUGAGCCUGUCGGGACGGAGAGCACUUCGUAG